AUGGAGAUGUUCGGCUUACUCAUUUUACAACUUGCUGUUCUCGCCUGCUCGGCGUCUGAGCUGGGCCGCAUAGUUGGAGGGGAGCCUACUAGCAUCGAGAAAUAUCCGAUAAUAGUACAGGUUGAAUUUUUGGUCGACUCAUCCAUCUGGACCCAAAAUUGUGCCGGCAGCGUCCUGACAUCCAGAACAAUAUUGUCCGCUGCACAUUGCUACGUUGGGCCCUCAUAUUCUCCCCGGGAGCGUCGAAUUAGAGCUGGUAGCUCCUACCGUUAUACCGGUGGAACAAUAAAAAACGUAGCACUCUCUCUCAACCACCCGACUUUCGGCCUCAACGACUACGAUGGUGACAUUGCUCUGCUGUUCUUAGAAGAUCGCCUGGUCUACUCCAACGUGAUCGCUCAAGCUGCUAUUGCAUCAUCCACAUUCGUUGUACCUGAUAAUUCGUCUGUGACUCACAUCGGGUGGGGAAUGGUCUCGCUGCCUGGCAAUCGCUCCGAGGUCCUGCGCGAAGUCGACGUGCUGUCUGUCAACAACGACCUAUGCAGGGAGCGGUACAAGACCGCUAACCCGCCGCGCGUGGUGACCCCGAACAUGAUUUGCGCGGGCAUCCUCGACGUGGGGGGCAAGGGGGCCUGCUUCGGCGACUCUGGUGGCCCCCUCCUCUACUCCGACGUCGUGGUGGGCAUCGUGGCCUUUGGAGAGGGCUGCGCCGACGCGACCGCCCCCGGAGUGAACACCCUCGUCUCACCGUACACCAAUUGGAUUGUGGAGAACGCUAAU